UUUAUAGGAGCAGCAACAAUUCACCAAGCGAAGAAGUAACUUGAUUCAGUGCCUUCAAGAGCGGAGUAAAGGAGCACACAUAUCCUUGCUAUAUGUUAUGACUUAUGACCAGGUUACUCUCAAAUCAUAACUGGUGGUUAUGAAUACUGCAAGCCUAAAAAUGUGUUUCACUCUGAUAAUACGCCAUUUUGUGUGUGCAAGCAUGCUUGACUAGCACCGUGCACUCUGCAAGCAGCCCAAAGGCAGUCAGUGUGCAUGGUGCUGUGGGAAUGGAGAGAAUGUCUCAUUCAGAUUUCCUCUGAAAGUACUUUCUUCAGAAGGCUGUGUAUUUACAAAUACAUAUGCUCUUGCACUGCAAAGCGCACAGAUGUAACUGUGGAAGCCCCUGUGUGGAUCCAUCUGGAAGAAGGGGAGUGCACAGAUGAUAAGAAUUGGAAUCUGCUUCCAUUUUCCUUAUGCUGUGACUUCUGAACUGAAGUCUUGUUCACUGUGUUUUCUAAUGUUAUCUAAAUUUUAUUAGGGCAGAUUUACUUUAUAGCACAGUUGUUUGUUGUUUGUUUUUUUUGUUUGUUUGUUUGUUUUAAUCUCUGAAUAACAACUAAUUUGUGCCAUUUCUAUCAUCUCAAAGUUCACUCAACUUUUAUUAAUAGUGCAGACACAAACUGAAAGGCAUUUAGCUAUGGUCAUGUUUGAACAUAGGCUGAUCUGAAAGCAAUGCCCCUAUUUUAUUGUUUUGGCCCAUGAUAUCAGAUAUUGUUUUGGACCAUGAUAUCAGGUGUUGGUGGUUUGGCAGCAGAGGGGCUCACAAAAUGGCAUCUGACAUGAAAGUGCAUGUGAAGCAAAGAUGUGUCACUGAAUUCCUUCCUCCACAUGGAAAAAAAAGGCACUCAUUGACAUGCAUUGACACUUGCUGAGCAGAUAUGGAGACUAAACUAUGGAUGUGAGCACAGUGAGGCAGUGAUGGUAGGUUUCAGCGGUGGCAACAGUGUCAGUGGGUCACCUCCACUGGUGCAGAAUUUAUGAGCAUGGCAUGCUUGUUGAUUGCUGGCCAAAAGGCAUAGCUAAUGGUGGUGACUAUUGACAAACAGUAUUCUGUAGUUGAAAAUUUGCUCUAUCAAACAGUGUUAUUGUGUUCUUUGCUGUAGAUUCCAUGGAAUUUAAUAGGAGGCAUUACUUAUCUUACUGUGGUUUUGAAAUGACGAUUCUGCUGCGUAUAAACACUCUUUGAAGCCAUAACUUCUCUAGAACCACUUCCUAAAAAAUAGAGCAUUCAGACAAUAUCUGGCAGAAUAUGAAAUAGCAAUCAGGAAAAACACUUCUGAAGGAAAUCACUCCAUUGUUUUUACUGCCUGAAGGUGGUUUUAUUCCUUAGCAUUUGAUGUGCUGUAAUGUGAAAGACAUGAAGACCAUAAGUACAGUGUGUAGUGUUUACUAUGAAGUAUGAUAUGUCUGCGUGAACACUCUCUUCAUCAUACUAUUAAUUAAGGUCCCAUAAGCAGCAUUCUGGUGAAUAAAUAUGGUAGCCGACCAGUGAUGAUAGCAGGGGGUAUUCUGUGUUCAUUUGGCAUGAUUGCUUCCUCUUUCUGCAAUAGCGUUCUGGAGCUAUAUAUAUGUAUUGGUGUUGUUGGAGGUCUGGGUUUGGCAUUCAAUUUACAGCCUGCCUUAACAAUGAUCGGCAAGUAUUUCUAUAAGAAGCGUCCCAUUGCUAAUGGAUUGGCCAUGGCUGGAAGUCCAGUGUUUCUGAGCACAUUGGCACCUCUCAAUCAAUUCCUUUUUAAUGCAUUUGGUUGGAAAGGAAGCUUUCUCAUUCUGGGAGGACUACUUUUGAACUGCUGUGUGGCUGGGUCACUUAUGAGGCCUGUUGGACCAAAACCAGUCCCUCCUGUGAAAAAAGAUGUUGAAAAAGGCACAGGAGAUUCUAGCCUGCACAAAAACAACAAGAAGUCAUUUUGGCAAACUAUUAAUAAAUACCUAGACUUAUCCCUCUUCAAACACAGAGGGUUUCUGAUCUAUUUGUCAGGAAAUGUUAUUAUGUUUAUUGGUUUCUUUGCUCCAAUAGUUUUUUUGGCUCCUUAUGCCAAACACAAGGGAAUUGAUGAAUAUUCUGCUGCUUUUUUGCUAUCCAUUUUAGCCUUUGUAGAUAUGUUUGCUAGGCCUUCAAUGGGACUUGUAGCAAACUCUAAAUUUAUCCGUCCAAAGAUCCAGUACUUUUUUAGUUUUGCUGUCUUCUACAAUGGAGUCUGUCAUAUCUUGUGUCCUCUGGCAACAAAUUACACUGGCUUGGUGAUAUAUGCUGUAUUUUUUGGGUUUGCAUUUGGAAUGGUUAGCAGUGUACUUUUUGAGACUCUGAUGGACCUCGUUGGUGCUGCCAGAUUUUCCAGUGCAGUUGGACUGGUCACCAUCGUGGAAUGCUGCCCUGUGCUCAUAGGCCCUCCUCUAGGAGGUUGGUUAGUGGAUGUUACUGGUGAAUAUCAAUACAUGUAUUUUGUCUGUGGAGUGAUUGUGAUUGUGGCCAGCAUCUGGUUGUUCAUUGGCAAUGCUAUUAACUACAGGCUAUUGGCAAAAGAAAAAAAGUUAGAAGAUGAGAAACAGAAAGCACAGAAGAACACUGACUUGAAGGAGGCAGAACCACUAACAAACAACGAGAAUGAAGAUGCUGCUAGCAGAGCUGACAAAACUCUUGAAGAUCCUUCAGAAAGAGAAACCAAUAUUUAAUCUGCUAUGUAGCCCAGAAGACAACACUUAUGACUUCCAUUUGAAAUAUGCCUUCAAGACACAAGCCAGGUUUUGUGUUAAUAAUGAUCAGUUACAAUAUUGGAUGGGAACAGAUUUUUGCCCCAUGUCAAGACUCCGAGUUAAAUUACAAUCUACUGUUUAUUUAUUUCAGUGAUACAAAAUUGAAGUUACAGAGGUAGUGGUUCCAUAAAUAAGCCCAUCCAAACUAUGACUCUGGACAGUGAAGAGUCAAGAAAACUAGGUGUAAAGCCUUCACAUGACAAAGUUUUGUUUCAAAAAUACAUAUAAUGCAAAAGCGUCUGUUGCUGUUAUAUGGGGAGAUAUUUUGUGUUCUUUAAUAGAGUACUGUUAAUGUCUGUUGAAUUAAUGUGCCCAAACUGUAUUUACUACUAAUAUAAAAAAAAAAAAAAAAAAAAAACGAGCUCAAAGAUUUGUUUCAAAAUUACCCGAAUGAAGCACAAUGAAAACUUUUUUUCUCAUUUAUAUGCCCACUAGAUCAAAAUAUUCAUUAUAUCUAUGUAAAAAAUUUCAGUAGGAAUGUAGAAGUUCAGGUUGGAAGACACACAAUUGGUGGGCACAAUUUAUAAAAUGCAAUAAACAGCAGAGGUUGUUUCCUCCUGUAGUAGGUGGCUAUGUUAUACUUCAACAGACGCAUUUGGACACAAGUACAUUCAGACCUCACUAAUUCAAAAUAAGCUAAAUGAAAGUAUUCUAAACUAGAAUUCAUACUGCUAACAAAAGUGGAAAUCAGUUUGUUCACUUGCUUCAUGGCAAUGACAUCAGCGUGGAUGCUUGAGUUAAUUGGCAAGUCGUUAACUGGUUGAUGACAAGAUGUAAGGUCUAACUUCAGGUCCUUGAGGGCAGGCAACUUCAUACCAGUUCUCAUCUCCCCUUCCCGUGUAUUUAGUGAAAAGCUACUUCUAUUUCAUGUUAUUGGUUUAAUCAAAAAUGCUGCAAAGUAUAUUGUCAGUACAAAUCUGGGAGCUUUGUAUUAGUGUAUCAUUUUUUGUGCAGGAUAUUUGGUCUUGUUUCACAUAGACACAUCAAUUGAAAUACGCACAAUUGUUCCUUUAGGUAAAAACAAAAUAAAAUAAAAUAAAAAUUAUUAAUAAAAAAAAGAUUUAGCAUUGCACUUGAAAUUGAAAAGUGCAAGGUUCUGAAGGUUUUAGAUGAAAAUAUUUCUGUUCUAUUCAUAGUUGAGGAACUUCAUUUUGCAGAAUUUCAUAUAUAUGCCACAGAAGUUGUGAAAAUUAAGGGUCUGAUUCAUAGAACAUUUGUACGUGUACAUUCAAUUCAGGAAAAAGUAUGUUAUUUUUCUUUAGUCCUCAAAUACAUGUCGUAUAGCUGUAAAUACUCUGGACAGACAGAUAUGUUAAAUGCGAUUUGAAGUGCCAAUAACAAAAGAAAUACAAUUACAGAAACUAGCAAGUGGAAAUGCCAGUUUCUUAAGAGCAGCAUUCAAUUUGCUUAUUUUCACUAUUUAAAAAAGACAAAAAAAGAUACUGCUUGCCUCUGUCUUGCAGGAUUAUCAUCUUAUUUGCUACGUACUUCCAGAGUAACGCUGAACUUUUCAUUAGCACUGUUUUGGAGAAGAAACAUCAUGAAUCCACUAGCAAGAUGGUACAGAAAUUUGCAUCUUCUUUUUACCUAAUUAAGCGCAGGAAAUUCAGACAGCUUCUACAAGUCUUGUAGGUACUUCAGCAAUAAAAUAAUGUGUAUUUCAGAGUUUCAGAAGAAAAUAAGGGUUAUAUGCUCAGAUUUGAGCAGUGAACUGUCUAAAGGAAAGUGAUAUAAUCCCCAUAAAGUUGCAGUUCAGAGACAUAAAUACAUUAUACCUUCUUUCAAAAUGUAAUCCAGACAACACCCUAUGAGAUGAAAGCAUUACUCUGGUUAUGGAUGCAUGGACAUACAUGGGGAGUUCCAGGGUCCAGUCUGAAAAUGUCCCACAUGUCACGAGAUGUAGAGUUUCAUAAUUGGCAAGCUGUCAUACAGUUAGGAAUAUCAGUAAUAAUGCUGGACUACAAAGGAUGAACUGAAACAUCAGCUAAAGAGUAGUCAUCAGGAGCACCACUUUGCUCUUGACAGCAAGUGUCAAAGGCAGAGAUUAUUUGAAAAGAGUUGAGUACAUAGGUAGAACAAAAAUGACAGAGGCAAAAAUUUGUGUGUUUAUUAUCUCUGCAAAACAAGCAAACAAACAAACAUAAACCCAAUAAACCAAAACGAAAAAAAAAAAAAAAAAAGAACAAGAACAAAACCACAAAAUAGCAUGAUUAAAAAUGCAGGGUAAAAGACAGCAAGUAUCAACUUUUGAUUUAAGCCCAUUAAAAAUAGAUAUUGACCUUUAGGACUCAAGUAAGAGGCUCUUGGGAAUCAUACAGGCAGCUCACCUGUUCUGUAAAGGACUGCAGAAUGCAAUAAAACAUGGCAUAGGAAAUAAGGGAAAAACAAGUUUCUUUGAGCCAUAGACACACCUACAAUAGCAACACUGAUGUUACUAUCUCAGAGGAAAUCGAUAUUUCUGUAUAUUCUCUACAGGACUCCUGAUCUUUCAUCUCCAGUCAAUGAUGUCAGUAGUAGGAAUCAAAGAGGUGCUUUACCACCAUUCACCAAUGUACAGCUUUUAAUCACAUAAUGAGGUAAAAUGAUGUAUCAGACAACAGAAACAACAUAAGAUGUGAACUGAAUCUAGAGAAGCAUUUCUUUACAUUCUUCUCAUUUUUUCUUCUUAAAACUGGCAACAACUAUUACUAGAACAGCAAAUCAGAAUGCACUUGAUAUUACUGAGUGUUAUGGAAUUUUGAAUGCAAAGCGUAAUGAAGAAGAUUGGAGCCAUAUCUAUGCAAAAAAAAAAAAAAAAAAAAAAAAGCCAGAAAUGAAAAAGUCUUCCAAAUAAGAGUCCUAAGGUGGAAUUUUAAUAUGUAGUUCUUAUUUUAAUAUUAAUAAUAAACUGCCUUCAGUCAAUUCUAUGAGCAUUAAAGUAGUGAAAUGAAUAUAACUUGCCUAUAAAACCCGGAAUAUCAUUCUUACUUGCGCUGAGCUGAAAUCAUUACUGCAAAUAAAUUCCUUACCAUUCUGCUUUUA